CACACACUGAGCACCGUUUUAUUUGCUUUCCCACUACGAACUCUCUAAAGACCUUCAAAAUUUGUCCUGGAGUUGAUCCAGUGAAGCGCGCCAAUCGGCUUACUGGCACAGCCUGCAGGGGUUUCCCCCUCCAUGGAGCCCCUCCUUGCCUGCUGCCCGGGACCGGGGGCUGACACCGUGCCCCACUUUGGAGCCUCGGGACUGAGGGAGGGCGAAGAGCUGGUGGGGCUCUUGAGGGUACAUGUGGAGGGCUGUGUUUUCACAGUGGACCGGGCUCUGCUAGCAGGUAGUUGCGCGUACUUCCGCGGACUGUUUCGCUCGGGAAUGCGGGACAGCCACACGGACGAGCUUUACCUGCAAGGUGGGCUGCAUCCAGGGGGGUUCCUUGUGGCUCUGGCCGUGGUGAGAGGGGAGCGGCCCCCCAUCCCAGAUGCUGAUCGGCUCCUGGAGGCUGUGGAGUGUGCCGCGUUCCUCCAGGUGGAGGCGCUAGAGAGUCACCUGGCUGACAUUUUGGACACUGAUAACUGCUUGUUGCUGUGCCAAGCGGCAGCGACCUACGGCUUAAACAAGCUGUUUGCGAUCGCCGCCACUUUCAUUCGCGAUUCCUACCGCGACCUGAAGUGGGCGGCAGAAGAGUCCCUGCACCCAGACAUACUCAGCUACAUUGAGUCGCUCACGCCAGCCUCCUUCAUAGCCUUGGGCACUCACACGCCUUCCAUGGAGAUGCUGCAGGACUCGUACCGUACUGUGUGCCACCUGGACGAGGAGCAAGGCGUCUGGAAGUUCCUGACCGACCUGCCGGUGAUCGCCAGCACCUCCAUGGCUGGUGUGGCCGCGCUGGACGGACGACUGUACGUAAUCGGGGGUGUGGUGGGGGUCAACAAGGUGACAGUGGAUUGUGGCUUCUGCUAUGACCCACUAACAAACUCCUGGUGCGAAAUACCAGGCCCCGCUCAAUCUCGCUACGACUUCACACUCCUCGGCCUGGAGGGUAAGUUGUAUGCAGUGGGAGGUGAACACGCCAGGCAGACCAUGUCAUCUGCCGAGAUCUUUGAUGUGGCUACAGGUUCCUGGUCUUUCAUAAAGCACGCCCCAAGACGCAUUGCAGGGGCAGCAGGAACCGUCUGCUGGCGUAGGAUAUUUGUAUGCUUCUGGAAGCCUCCAGAUAUCACUGACAUCUACGAAUAUGUCACGGUCAAGGACGAGUGGACGCUCCUCACCACCCUGGUGCGUCCACAAAGCUACGGACACUACAUGGUGGCGCACAGAGACAACUUGUACGUCAUGCGCAACGGGCCAUGUGACGACUUCCUACACUGUCUGAUCGAAUGCUAUAACAUUACAACCGGUCAGUGGAGCUCCCUGCCCGGUCAGUACAUAAACAGCAAAGGGAUGCUCUUCACCGCAGUCAUCAGAGGAGACUCUGCGCUAACUGUGCAGCGAUCGGUCACCAUGGAGUUCAGCGUCAGCAGCAGAGGCUGGAGGAGCCGCAGGGAGAUGACCGGCUUCCCCAAGAGUGGAUCUCUAUGGACCUGUCUGCUCAGACUGCCCAGGAAAGGGUCAACACAGAGGCCUGAGAGCUUGAACAGUGUGGAGGACAACGAUGGGGAAGCUGCAGUGGAGGAUGACCUUGAAGAUCAUGAAUAGACAUUUCUUUGAGAUUACAAAGAGUGUGGU